AUGGCAAAAUCAAAAAAUCACACAAAUCAUAACCAAAAUAGAAAAGCUCAUAAAAAUGGAAUAAAGAAACCCAAAAAGUUUAAAUUUAUGUCUCGCAAAGGGUUGGACCCCAAGUUUUUUAAAAAUCAGAAAUAUUGCUUAAAAGGAUUAUUGAAAAAAAAAAGAGAAUUAAAAUUAAAGAAUAAACAAGAAUCAAAGAAUUGA